AUGCGCCGCUUCUUACAAGCUCCCUCACGUUUCCAACUAGCCAAAUGGCGAGAUUGCCCUAGAAACUUGAUAGGCCAGAGAUAUUCCUCACGUCUUUACAAACCUCUCAACCCAGGAGCAUCUCAAAUCCGACUACUCAAGAUCCCUCAAGACCCAUCUUCUGAAUUUGAGCUCGUUACUGCAUCACUCGACGAAAAACCAAGAUAUGCAGCACUGUCAUAUCUCUGGGGCAAACCCGAGCACUUUGGCCAAAUCACAAUCGACGGUGACACCCUCAAGAUCCCAGACAACUUGGCCUCAGCAUUCCUCCGUAUUUUGAGCGACGAGCCUUUUCGCUCACAAUCUUAUUGCCAAUACCUCUGGGCAGAUGCAAUAUGUAUCAACCAGAAUGAUCAUGAAGAGAGAUCUCAGCAAGUUCAGCUCAUGCGUCGUAUCUUUCAACUUGCCCACGUUACUUUCGCAUGGGUUGGACCGAAGGACCACUCCCUUUCUUUCAAUACCAUCAAUACGAUAGACAAGGUAAUAGAUCACAACACCACCCGGAGGAGCAUUUCGUCCAACGCGCUCUUCAAUGUUGAGUGGUUACGGGGUCAUCCGGAACUUUGUCUUGAUAGAGGACCUGACUUCCCCAACAAUCAUCUCAACGAUCCCUGGACUGCCGUGGCCGACUUUCUACAAUAUCAGUAUUGGAAAAAGGCAUGGAUAUUCCAAGAGGUCGUCCUUGCCGGCCAAUUGGUUUUCAUCAGCCCAGGAGAAGCCAACCUGACUUGGUCCACCCUCCGUGAUCUUCACCAAGGCAAAGACACUAUCACACGCACGCGGGACGACACGAAACGGCCGGACUUCUUGUCAGAUACAGCAUGGGAUCUCCUAAGCAGUCCACUUCUAUGGGGCAUGAUAUCUUGGUUAUUCCUUGCUCAGGCACGUACCAAGAUACCCGACCCAGAUGGAUUCAAAGGCUGGAUUGUCUCUCCUUUCACAACCAAUCUAGAAGCCACUGAUCAUCGGGAUCAUAUUUAUGGUCUUCUUGGAGUGUCUGAUAUCUCAAUCAGCCCAAACUACAGUCCUGAGAACCACGCCUCGCGUGUGUACACCAAGUAUAUCGCCGGAUGGUUGAAAGCUGCACGCACCCAAAAGACGAUGCACGUACACACUCCGCUCGCCUUUCUGUCCCUGGCAGGCGUAGGAGACGCAAAGUCUAUAUGCUCGGGGUGUUGA